AUAGCAAAGAAAACAGGCCGGCCUGCAGGAAUUAAAGAAAGCUGUAAAAAUAAUGGCCUGGAGCCCUGAUUCCAUUGUUAAAAGCAAGCUGGUUUUCUUUGGCGAUGGAGAUGGGUAUGAAUUGGAGGAUUUGUUGCGGUCGACGGCGGGCGUGCUGGGAAAGGGGACGUUCGGGACAAGUUACAAAUCGGAGCUGCCGGAGAAAUCUGCAGUGGCUGUGAAGAGAUUGAAGAUUGGUUGCUUGCCGGUUGAUGAAUUUACAGAGAGGGUUCAUGAGGUGGGGAAGAUGAUGACACAUGAAAAUCUUCUUCCACUUAAAGCAUAUUGUUGGCAUCACACUGAAAUUCUUCUGGUUUAUGAUCAUAUGAGCAUGGGAAGCUUGGCUUUCAGGUUACAUGGAAAUGAAGGUAAAAACAAGGCUUCACUGAAUUGGGAAGUCAGGACCAGCAUUGCCUAUGGUGUAGCCAAUGCCAUCCAAUCUCUCCAUGCUCAAGGCUCAACCAUUUGCCAUGGCAACAUCAGAUCAUCAAACGUUUUCCUAACAAAUUUCUUGGAAGUCCGGGUGUCGGAGUUCUGCCUAGCGCGACUCCUCUCCCCGGACUCCAAACUAGACCUCGUUCCAGGCUACCGCGCACCAGAAGUGACGGGUCCCCACCAGGUCUCCCACCAGUCAGAUGUCUAUAGUUUCGGAGUUCUGCUCCUGGAACUGCUAACCGGGAAGGCCCCAUUGGACGCCUUCGCGAGAAACAAUGGGGUCGAUUUGCCUAAUUGGGUUCGGGCCAUGUUUCGGGAGAAACCAAUCUGUGAUGUUUUUGACAGUACAUUGGCAAAGGCAGAAGGCAAUGCAGAGCAACUGGUUCAGUUACUACAAGUUGCCAUUUGUUGUACUUUUCAGUAUCCUAACAAAAGGCCUUCUAUGGCUGCAGUGGCUGACCAGAUCAAGAAAACUUGUAGUUUAUGGUUUUGAUACUAAAAGGAUGAAAUCAAUUUUUUGUUUCUCAAAAUAAGAAAUUUAUAUCACAAUGGAAAGUUUAAAUAGUCACAA